AUGGUAAAUGUCCAUCAUUUGGCAGGUCAUACUGCGAAAUUCAAGGAAUUGAGUCGUGGGUUAUGGGGUUGGCAUUGCAAAUCAUCUUCGACAGCAAAGAACGAUUGUGCUCUGCGAUGCCUUUCUCCGGUUUGCUAUGAACUCACUUAUGAGAGUGAUCCGCUUAAAGAGAAGCCGAAAAAGAUUUGGUUACGAGCCAAGAGUACAAGUAUUGUAAGUACAAAAUGGAGAUGGAAUCAUGUAAGCUGUUUAUCGGUGGGAUUUCUUGGGAGACCAGUGGAGAGAUCGUCUCGGUGCUACUUUCAGAACUAUGGUGAGGUUUUACAAGUGGUUAUUAUGAAGGAUCGAGUCACUGGGCGUGCCCGUGGCUUUGGUUUUAUCACGUAG